GGCGGGGCGGGGCGCGCUCUGGGGCCGGGCUGCGCCUGCGCGUCGCGGCCGGCCCGGGGCGAGCAUGGCGGCGGCGCUGGUCGGCAGGGCGGCGGUAGGCGCGGGGCUGCGCGGAGCGCGGCGGCGCCAAGCGCUGGGGCUGCUGCGGCGGGGUAGCGCGGGGCUGGCGGUGGACGACACGGUCAACGGGCUGAGCGACGAGCAGCGGCAGCUUAGAGAAACCAUGACAAAGUUCUGUCAGGAGCAUUUGGCUCCAAAAGCCCAACAAAUUGACCAGGAGAAUGAAUUCAAAGAUAUGCGGGAAUUUUGGAAGAAACUUGGGGAACUGGGAGUUUUGGGGAUCACAGCUCCUGCAAAAUAUGGUGGAUCUGCUAUGGGGUAUCUGGACCACGUGCUGGUGAUGGAGGAAGUUUCUCGUGCAUCAGCAGCUGUUGGGCUCAGUUACGGUGCCCACUCAAACCUUUGUAUUAACCAGCUAGUGCGGAAUGGCAACGAAGCACAAAAAGAGCAAUACUUACCCAAGCUAAUCAGUGGGGAGCACAUUGGAGCAUUAGCAAUGAGUGAACCCAAUUCUGGAUCUGAUGUUGUCUCCAUGAAGCUGAAGGCAGAUAAAAAAGGGGACUAUUUUGUUUUGAAUGGGAGCAAAUUUUGGAUCACCAAUGGGCCAGAUGCAGAUGUUCUCAUUGUUUAUGCUAAAACUGACCUUAAUGCUGUUCCAGCCUCCCGAGGUAUAACUGCAUUCAUUGUGGAGAAGGGAAUGCCAGGUUUCAGCACAGCCCAGAAGCUUGAUAAGCUGGGAAUGAGAGGGUCUAAUACCUGUGAAUUGAUCUUUGAAGACUGCAAGAUCCCAGAAAGGAAGGCAAAAGUGACUGAUGGUUUGAAUCCUCUCCCCAGAGAAUGUAGACCCUCAGACAACCACUUAUCUUCUCAGUUUGCACAUAGACUCAUGCAAGCUGUUCUUGAUCACGCAAUUCCAUACCUACAUGUAAGAGAAGCGUUUGGACAGAAAAUUGGCCACUUUCAGCUCAUGCAAGGCAAGAUGGCUGAUAUGUACACCCGGCUGAUGGCAUGUCGGCAGUACGUCUACAACGUGGCGAAGGCCUGCGACCGAGGCCAUUUCAAUGCAAAGGACUGUGCCGGAGUGAUCCUCUAUUCUGCAGAGUGUGCUACCCAGGUGGCUCUGGAUGGGAUUCAGUGUCUCGGUGGGAACGGAUACAUCAAUGACUACCCAAUGGGGCGUUUCCUGCGUGAUGCCAAGCUCUAUGAGAUUGGGGCAGGCACCAGUGAAGUGCGCAGACUUAUCAUUGGCCGGGCAUUUAACGCUGCUUUUAAGUAAUAUCAACCAGCGGAGGGACAGCACCCUGACUACCAAGAGGCCUUUGACUGUAAAGCUGGGGCGCACAACUUCUUCCUGCUUGUGAUUCUGGGAUUGUCGCUUGUGGACUCUUUCCUGUCUGCGCUGUGAACAGAUGCUGCUGGGCUGGGCUUUGCUGACAGAAUGAAUCAGACGGUAGGAUAGAAGGAAAAAUGUGUUUUUCUUCUCAUGAUCAGCCUGAUUCAUCCUGUUCAUAAGCCAUCCGGAUUCUCAGUGCUACAGAGCUGAGGUUCAUCCAGGGGACAUAUCACCAUCAGAGCAGGCUGUUGAACAGUAUGCCUGGAACAGGAGGCGGCUGUUGCUGAGUACAGAAAGUCAAUCCAAAAAAACGGGCUAGGGAGUAAUUUUGUUCUCUUUAAAAACUGAGUGCCAUUAAAUAGCUAGCAUUUAGCAUGCUCCUGCUGGAUGGAGGAAUUUCCCAUUGCGACGUUCCAAUGAGAUUAAUAGCUUCCAUUUUGGGGAGCUCAAUGGCAGCCAAAUCACGGGGGGUAGCUAUCAUGAACAUCAAAGCAUCAUAGCCACACAGGCAGUGUUUUAGGCCAUGAUUGCUAAAACCUCAUUAAAACACCACUUCUGUUUCUUUGCAUA